GAUUUCUUUUAUUGGGCCGAAAUUUUCCAAUGAAUCCAAUUUACGACUGAAAGCUUGUUUUUCGUUUGAAAAAAUUCGGACAAAAUGAAAUAUUUACAGAUGGUGUUGUCACUAAUGAUCCUGAUAUAUUUUUGUUUGCAAGUGGAUAAGUGAGCCUUUCGCAUCAGGAAGGCGAAAUCUUUUUGUUCUCCGCAAACUGUGCUGUGAGAAGUUUGGCAGAAAUCAGACAAGUUGCUACUGCCUGUUUUCAAGUGAGUACGAAAAACGUUAGGUUUGAGACUUUUCCCUCUCCAUAUCAUUUCUACAUGGUUGUGCACGUGAUGCACUUGAAAGCAUUUGCAGCAUCACCUAGUAAAAAAUCAAGAAUAGAGUGGUGACCGUUCAUGCUUCUUUAUUUUGUGAUUGUUGGUGGAUUUAUCAUAGAUGAAGUUACUGAUACCAUAUAUUUUAACUUGUUCAUUGAAGACUCAAUUGCGACUGGAAGCGUUUUACACUUUCAAUGAGAGAUUUGUGCAAACUCAUACCAAGAGAAUUAAGAAAGUGGUUAAAGGAAUCACCAGAAAUCAAUCCUCAGAAUUGAUAGAUGAUGCCAUGCAACAAGUUCCUAAAAGUAGGAAAAAGAGAAGAGUUGGACCAGUUCCAGGUGGAGAAAACAAAUCAGGGGAACCUUCAAACAAGAAUGCGGACAUAGGUUCUCAUUGUCGAAGAAAAUCCUUGGAAAAAUCAGUGCCCAAGCCACCAAGGAAAAGCCAGAACCCUGGUAAGUAUGCUAUACCUGUGAUGAGCACUCCAGAACCAUCUUUGCAGGCAGCUUGCGGGCAAAAAGCUAUUAAACAAUCACCUGGAAAUGGAAGAGGUAGAGGUAAGCAAAUCCUGAUUUUGAGCAUUCUGAAACCAGCUCUUCUGCUGGAAAUGGUGGCAAAAAUUGUCAGGAAGUUGAUGGGGAGAAGAUAGAUCAGCCACAGGUAGAGCG